AUGUCCACACUGCGACAGUUAUUCGACGGGGCCAUCACUGCUGAACUGCCAGAUGCCCUUGUUGAUGCCUCAACUGUAAGACAAGUUCCCGAUACCCAAGAAGUCUUCUUCUCCCCAACUUCCGAUGUCAGCUAUAUCAUUGAAAUACUACAAAGAGUCGAACCCGAUGAUCCAACUGAAGCUGCCAAGUUCCACUUUGAUUCACUAGCCCAUGAUAACGAUGCGCUAUCCAGCUCAGUAUCGAGCGUCAUUGUUCCAGAUGACUAUAAGCCAGAUGCUCCAGGAACUCCAUCUCCGAUCCUCCUCGAUGGCUCUCAAAAGGUUACGAAAUUCAAUCGGCAGACACCUGAUGACGUGCGCAUCUUGCUUGCUGUUUAUAGGGUCGCAAGUAAAGGCGUUGACAUCGUUCUGAGCGCGAAUCUCCCAAUCGCAAAGGAGACUGGUGGUGGCCUUACAGAAGCAGACUUCAAUAUCGCGAAUGAUGCAUUUCUGAACGCUGCUAGAUCACUAAAGAUUAUCGACUUUGGCCUGUUCAAUUGA